ACUCCACAGCCCUCUCUGAGCUGCGCUCGAAAACCGAGGUGGCGCAGCGGCCCCCGCUCUCAACUCAAUUCACGAAGGCAGGGUCAUCAAAUAUGGCCAACAGCUCUAGCAAUCAUCGAUAUGAACAUGAAAUUGUGCCCAAAGAAGAGAUCUUGGAGUUUGCGUUGCCUUCUGAUCAUGCUUUCCCAACUCAUUUUGGGGUUGGGAACAAUGAUGCAAGUUCCUCCGGGAGCAAUAUGAGAGCAAAUAUGAUUGGAAUGGGAUUUUCGCCGUCCCUCGUGGAUAGAGUGAUUGGAGAAAAGGGUGAAGAGGACGCUGAACUGAUAUUGGAGACACUUUUGUCGUAUCAAGAUUCGCGAAAAUCAGAUUCUGGGUCAUCGGAUUCGCUGGAUAGCUUAUUUGGCGACAAAGAUGCAAGCACUCCUCUGGAGGUUUCUAGUUUUAUUCAACCAAAAGAGGAGCCUGAUUCACUGGAUGGAGCAGCUGAUGGAAAAAAGGCAUCCUUACUUACGAUGAAUUUUUGUAGAGAUGAAGUUGAGUUUGCAAUGAACAGACUUGGUGAAGAUGCUCCAAUCAAUGACUUGGUGGAUUUUAUCCUUGCUACUCAGAUAUCUGCGAAACUUGAAAAUGAAGUAGAUACAGUCCAUGGUGAUGAAAAUAAAGAGGAUGCUAAUGAUGAAAAUUUGUAUGGAAUCAUGGAGAAAUCAGUUCGUUUGCUCGAAAUGGGUUUCUCUGAGAACCAAGUUUCUAUUGCAAUUGAAAAGUUUGGUUCAGGAGCUCAACUUACAGAUCUUGCAGAAUCCAUUGUUACAGGACAAAUUUAUAAUAAUUGUCCUGAAGAAAAAAUUAAGUGUUCUACAUCCCAUUCAGAUCAUUCACACAAUGUGCCCAGAUUUUUAGGAGCGGCAUCAUAUGGUUCAGUAAAACUUGAAAAUGAGGAAUUGUAUCCAGAUACAACUUUUCGAUCAAGGGAUCAUGACUUGGCAGAAAAUCACCUAGGGAAGCGACCUAAGGAAGAGAUCAUUGAUGAUUCAAAUUCUGUUCCUCAGUUCAGGGUAUCCAGGCCUAUAGAUUUUGGGGAUAAACGUAAAGGGAAAAGGCCAAAACGAGAUUAUGUUGAUGAUUUAAGUUCCGCAUGGUUCGAAGAAAAAGUAGACCCUGAGAUUUGCAAAGUUGGAAAUCCUGAACUUAGGAGUGUGAAUGCAAUGGCUACUAAAGCCCCAUAUUUUCUCUAUGGAAAUGUUUUAAAUCUACCAUAUGAUUCCUGGUCUAAAGUUUCUCAAUUCUUGCACGACCAUCAACCUGAAUAUGUCAAUAAUCAGUUCUUCUCAGCCUUGAAUAGAAAGGAAGGAUAUGUACACAAUCUGCCAACUGAGAACAGGUUUCGCAUUCUUGAAGAGCCACCUAUGACCAUUCAGGAUGCAAUACCAUAUGCAAAGAAUUUGUGGCCUUCGUGGGAUACAAGGAAGCAAUUGACCUGCGUCAGUUCUGAAACCAGGGGCAUAUCCCAGCUGUGUGAUAGGCUUGGAAGAAUGGUUUCUGAUUGUCGUGGAGUGCUCACAUCUGAAAAGCAGAGAGAAAUUCUUCAUCAUAGCAACUCAUUAAAUCUUGUAUGGGUUGGCCGCAACAGGUUGGGUCCUUUACAGCCUGAGUACUUAGAAAAAAUCUUAGGCUAUCCAUUGAAUCACACGAAAGUUGGUGAGAGUGAUUUAAUGGACAGGCUUGUAUCCCUCAAGUAUUGCUUUCAAACGGACACGUUGGCCUAUCAUCUAUCUGUUUUAAAACCUUUGUACCCAGAGGGAUUGACAAUGUUUUCCAUUUUUAGUGGAAUAGGUGGAGCAGAAAUAGCUUUACACAAGCUUGGGAUCCCUUUGAAAGGUGUUGUCUCUGUAGAGACUUGUGCAACGAAGAGAAGGAUUCUUAGGAGGUGGUGGGAAACCACAGGCCAAAGUGGGCAGCUAGAGCAGAUUGAUGACAUCCAGAAGUUAUCAAGCAACAAGCUGGAAAGUCUGAUGAGAAGGUUUGGUGGUUUUGAUUUCCUGAUUUGUCAGAAUCCAUGUAGUUCUUCAGUUUCUAAGAUUCCGGCGCAAAGCGACAGUGAUCCAGGCUUUGACUUCUCAUUGUUUUAUGAGUUUGUUCGUGUCUAUCAACGUGUAAAAAGUAUGAUGGAUAGGAGCUGACAUUGUUUUUUUUUUUUGAAUCCCUUGUAGUGCUUCUGUAGAACAUUAUUUGUUUUUUGAAAUAAUAUCAACAU